AUGGAGAGAAAUGUAUUAAUUUGCAAAGCCCUGCUUCUGAUUUUCCUCACCAGUGUGUCGGCUGCUAUGGUGAUCAAUCCAGAAAGUAAGUAACAGACAUCUUUUGAAAAAACUUGCUCCUUACUGGUCCUUCCAUAUGGCCGGAUGCUUGAACAAAAUUGCAGUAUUCAAUUUAUAAUGAGAAAAUAUAAUGAGAAAGAGGAAAAAAGGAAGAUAUAUAAUGUACGCAAUUAAGAAGGCAAUUUAUUGUAUUGGUUUAAAAAGUAAGAAUUUUUUUUCCAAAAAGACCGAAGAAGACGAAGCUGAAGUACUCUUAACAUCAGCAGGCAAAGAGUUCAAUAUUUAAGGACCUGGUGUGGUACUCAUGUGAAUCACUACUUUGAGGGUGCCAAUGGGUCUACUUUACGGAACGUUGGGUGGAAAGACGAAGGAACGGAGAGGAAAGAAGUCCGUGAGAACAAGAAAACAGAUUUGGCAAUAUGAAAAGUAUUAAUUUUGUUGAUAGUGAGUAAGUUAAGGUGAGCGAAGAGGGAGGCAGAGUGAGCUCGGAAGGGAGCUUUACUGAUGGCACGCACCACGCUUUUUUGGAUAAAACAUGAAGUUGAAGACUAGGUAAUGAGAGAUCAAGGAAUAAUAAAGUUUUGGUUGGAAGGUAGAAGCGAUAACGAAAAAUCAAUAUUCAACGAUAUUUUCAGUACACAGUCACAAUUUAAAUGAAACAUUGAAUUAACACCAUAACAUUACAGUGAUCGAGUGAUCUCUAAGGUUUCUGUCAACAGCUUUGUACGAUGAUAUAGGAAAAUGAUACGUACUGAUGAUGAUAUAUUAGUGACUGAACCUACGCCUUUGACUCCUAUGCAAGUUACCGAAGCUGUAAAGGCAAUAACAGAUUUUGCAAUUACGUUGGAAGAUUCAGGCGAACGAGAGAGAGAAUUUCUUUCCUAUCUUUCGGCCAUGGAGGACGCGUGUAAGCUUUGAAAACUUCCAGUGCUGUGCUAACUGUUCAAGGACAUUGCUGCAUGAUUGAAAUGCUACAUUUGUGGAUCAUUUGAUCACAAAUUUAAUUAAAUAGUAUACAAUAAAAAUUGAUGUUAGGUUUACCCCCGAUAUAACGAUAUUUUCGUUUUUUUUUUUUGGCCAUGAGUUUCGAUAUGUUGAUUCCGCGAUUAGGCCCGAUUACGAGCCGCUGUUUGGGAAAAUGAGCCCGAAAUCGAGCCUAUUCCUCGAUAUAGCGAUAUAAUUUUAUUGUUCCUUAGCAUACCGUUAUAUCAGGGUUCCACUGUAGUUGAAUUAAACGAUAAACAUCAGGAUACGAGCAAAAUAUUCUGGUGUCGUCCUCAAAUAAUAACGUUUCAGCUAAGGGGAAACAUUUAGAACAUAUUUUGAUAUAAACCAAGGAAAAAAGCUUUCUCUAGAUCGAUCCUUGAGUGAAUGUGAAUGAAUGUCUUUAUUAGUUUUCCACUAAAUGGGUUUUAAAACUAAUUACAAUCAAUACUAAAUACAUUAAAAUUAAAAAUCUAAAAUUCUAAUAGAUGUUAAAAUAUAUCACAUUACUAAUUAAAAACUACUGAGAAAUUCCUUUAAAUGUCUCUUGAAGAUUGGCAAAUUAUCACAUCCUCUUACUUCUUAUAUUUUGGAAGAGAAUUCCAGAAACUCGUUGCACGGUAUAAAAAUGUGCGUUGCCCAGAAGCUGACUUAUAAGCUGGGAUAUUCAAGUUAUUCUUACAUCUAGUAUUACGGUCAUGAACGCAACCACGUGUCUUAAAUCUAUGACAAACGUAGCUAGGGGCUAACCCCUUAACACAUUUAAAUGCUAAAACUCCAAGUGUAUAUUUAAGAAAACUGGUCACGGGGAGCCACCUUAGCUCUCUUAAUGCCGGUGUUAUAUGAUCAAAAUUCCGCUUUCCAGUGAUAAUUCUACAAGCAAAAUUCUGAACUUUCUGCAGCUUCGAGAUAUUUUUCUUUGAAGUAUUAGACCACACCGGAGAACAGUAGUAUAACUGGCUAAACACUAAGGAAUUUAUAACCCGUUCUAAUGUCCUAGCAUCAAACAGAUCCUUUACCCUGUUAAUCUGACAUAAGCUACCUAUGCACGAGGACACUGUUUGGGUGACAUGUUCAUCAUAGCUUAGAGUGCUGUCCACCUGCAGGCCAAGGUCCCGAGCAGAAGGAGAUGGAGUGACCUUCUUUCCAAGGAGGGUGACAUGAAAAUCAGCGGGCAGCCUCUGAAGCAUCUGACGUGUGCCCAACACCAGCAGCUUGGUUUUCUCUGGGUUUAUGAGAAGGCUGUUGUAGCAGCACCAGCUUGCGAUUUUUUCUAAGUCCUUAUUGAUCUGUUGAAUCAUAUUGCUAGCCUCAGCAACUGGGAACGAAAGGUAUAGCUUUGAAUCAUCGACAUGUGAUUCUAGAGAACACACGUCCGGCACGCCAGACUUGACGAUCUGGUAAGAAGAAAGUUUACUUUUAUCCUUAAAAUCCAUUUGAGGGAAGUUCCUCCCAUCCCACGAAAGCUGAUGAAAUUGCGUAUCUAAAAAACACAGUUUGUGAUCUCGCUACCAUCAAUGCAACAUGCUUUCCGUUAAUUAGGUGGAUAAGUGUCUGGCAAGCCUGCGGAGCUGAAAGCGCGAAACCAACGGAAAGGAUUGCUGCCUAGUGCACGGUUGGUGGAAUGAUUUUUGCGAAAGCCGAACCGUGAAGACAAUAAAAGGCUUUCAAAGGUGUCUAUGCCCUGAUAUCCCCUUCGUGAUGCCACUUGUGUAGGAUUUUAUGUUCUUUCCUUGUCCAUUUCAGAAAAAAUUUCAAAUCUGCCGUUCAUCGAAAGCUUUGGUCUUCAAGGAAAAAUCAUACCCUACAUUGGAAGUAAAGUUAAUCUGACUUGCAAAAUGAAACAUGCGGAGGCGGGUAUUUUCCUCAAGGCAGGACUCGCUAUAAGGGAGGGAGGACGAUUCAGGUACAUAUUUGAAGACAGUGGGCAUGAUGGGCUUGUGGCUCAUCUUGAAAUUACAGAUGUCUCCAAGGAAGAUGAAGGUGUUUUUACUUGCUGUGCUUUUAGUGCUGGAAUUAUAACUACGAAAACGCUUACAUUUAAAACAGGUUUGUACGUCCGCUGCCUAAGUCGAUAAGAGUACUUUUUUAAAAUAUGCAUUCAGUUAUACUUUUGCAGCAGCUCACAUUCGAUAUACCGUUAAGUUCCCAAAGUAGCGAACCUCUAAAAGUAGAGAUAAAAUGUCACAGGUGCUAGCAAGUCUCGAAAGUAGCGAUCCCCGAAAACAACGACCCUCCGAAAAAAGAGGCCUUAAAACUUAUUUCCCUUUUAUAAUAUAAUGGACAUGAUAGAUAUCCUGAAUAAACGCUACACUGAUCCGAGGUUUAUUAAUAAUGAUUAUUUAACAUUCCUGACCUUUUUUCAAAAAGUAUUCCUUUCACAUUUUUUGCGAUUUUAUUUCUUGAAGUGACCAUGUGGAGUACACGUUUUAGCCAUCCGAAAGAAACGACCCCCUGAAAGUAGCGAAAGCAGAAGGGUGCUAAAUCCAACAGUAACGAUGGUCGUUACUUUCAGGACUUAACGGUUUUAGAAUUUUAAUUUGACUCCGAGGCUUUAGUGAACGAAAAUCGAAAAUUUUCACGACUCCAUUGUCUCACAAUCCCCAGAAGAGACUUGAGCACAAAGAAAACCAAACAAUAUGCAGAAAUGACCAGAAAGCCUCGGAGUAAAUUACCGUGAAAUGAUCAAUUACCUUAUUCAAGUAAAAGUGAAUUAAUGAAUCCUAUUCUAGUUUAGAGGGUAUGCACUAAAAUCAGCCUCGAAGAAGACAAAAGCACAUAAAAGCUAACUUAAAUGUGCAUAUUCUUUUGCAUCUCCUUCAGUGGCCGCUAGAUCAAUUAUUUUUUUAUCUUUUAGGGUCUCUGAAAAGUCAUAUUGCUCACUAUAAAUAUAAUCAUUUUCCUUUCCUUUACAAAGUCAUUAAUGCAACAGCACCCCAUAUACAAAAUAGAAUAAAAUAAACCAGCUAUGGGAUACGACCCAAUCCUGACUACCUCCAUGUUUUUAUGGCUUACUUGCUUACACGCUAUGAUUCAAUUUGUCUUUUGCCAGGGCAGUAAAACAGUUUUCGAGAACUUGCCUUUGCUCCAAAAAUUUCGCUUGAAAACUGAUACCCCUCUCAUGCAUCACUUCGUUUCGAUAUUGGAUUUUGUGUGCGAGGCAUGGGCUAGGCAUUCCAAAGACCUGUAGUCCCGGGCCUACAAAUGUUUGGUUUGAUCACUCUACCGCUUGCAAUAAUUUAUGCGUUGUUGGGGUGAGCUAAGAAGCUUAAGAGGUCAAAGUGUUGGUGAGGUCAGACUAGUCAUGCGUGCAGUUUUCAGGAUAUGUGGAAAUGAAAUUUAGCCAGGCCUACAAACAGUCGAAAAGCUGGCUACGUCCCUGCGAGGUAUCCCCUUCUCAAAUAAUGAAUUUUCCUCAAGCUGCGCGUCUGACUCCCACACCCUCACAUAUUUGACGUUUUUUAUCUUUUAUAGCUCCUUAUCCUCCAGCCUCGAUCUGA